UGCAUUUAAUGCACUUGCAUCGUAACUUGCAUUCUUAUGCUUAUAAAUUUAUUUUACGGUUUACAUAAUUGAGAGAAUAAUAAGUUCACAAAUAUCUUAUAAAUUUUUUUUCAUUGUUUAAAUAAAAUGCCUAUUGACCCGGAAAUUGAUAAAGCAUAUAAUCCAAGUGUUUGGAGUAAUAGAUAUUCAGAGAGUUAUGAUGAAUUUCUUGACCUGUCUAAAAAAGCGGUUGAAAAAGCGAGAAGUUCAAUACCCUGUAAAAUAGACAUAGCAUAUGGUCCUACGGAACGCAUGAAAUUUGAUAUCUAUGGGAUAAACUUGCCAAAUGAUGCCCCAGUUUUAGUUUUUAUUCAUGGAGGAUAUUGGAGAGAAUGCAACAAAGAAAGUGCUGGAUUCCACAUAUCACCUUUUGUAUCGAAAGGCAUCAAAGUUAUCAAUGUAGGAUAUGAUCUCUGCCCAGCAGUGACAUUGACAGAUAUUGUUAAUGAGAUCAGAAGCGCAAUUGAGACAAUCUUGAAAUAUUGUAAAAAAACAGGUACCAAAUCAAUUUGGAUUUCUGGUCACAGUGCCGGAGCUCAUCUUGCUGCUUCUAUUCUGUAUGAUCGCGAGUGGCAUACGUCAAUGAAACAUCAACAACUUUUCCAGUUGAUUAAAGGUCUUAUUCUUCUUGGUGGGAUUUAUAGUCUUGAGCCGUUGGUGAAAACUAGUGUUAAUGAAGACUUAAAAUUGACUGAACAAGAGAUUAAAACUAUCAGCUACAAUACUUUAGAUAUGAGUAAAACCGAGCCUAUAAACGGUAUCAAAGUUUUAGUAGUAGUUGGGGAAUCUGAUGCUCCAACAUUUAUUAAUGAAUCUAGAAAUUAUGCGAAGAAAUUAAUGGAUUUCGUAGAUCAAGUUGAAUUCAUUCUGCUUCGAGAGAAAAUUGAUCAUUUUGAAAUUGUCGAAAAAUUCAGUGAUCCUAGUUUUUCGUUGUUCAAAAUCAUCAUGAGUAUUAUGAAUUAUGAAUCCUAAUAAUUGAUAUAAAGUGAAAAAAAAAAACAAAAACUUUAACUAAAUUUCAUUUUGAUAAAAUAAAUAUAAAUAAGUGAAUAUUACGAUGUUUCAAUCAAUCUGUAUCAAACGAAAAUUGUCAUUAAUUUAAAUAUUUAAUCGAAAUAGUAUAAAUUUCUUUCGUUUAUAAAAUCCAUUGAACUGUUCCCUUGAUUUUAUUAUAAAAUUAAUAGAAUACAAAAUAUUUCACUUA